AUGGAUCAUGAUAACAUGCAUAUGCCACUACCAUCACCAACCAUGGAUCAUGAUAACAUGCAUAUGCCACUACCAUCACCAUCCUCAUCAAUGGCGAAUCAUACAAAACCACACAUGAUGAUGCACAUGACCUUCUUCUGGGGAAAGAACACGCAGGUUCUCUUCUCCGGCUGGCCCGGGACAAGCUCCGGCAUGUACGCUCUCUGCCUCGUCGUCAUUUUCUUCCUUGCCGUAAUCGCCGAGUGGCUCGCCCACUCUCCUAUCCUCCGUGCCACUGGAUCCACCAGCCGCGCCGCUGGUCUACCUCAGACCGCCGUGUACACCCUAAAGACUGGCCUCGCUUAUAUGGUGAUGCUCGCCGUUAUGUCCUUUAACGCCGGCGUCUUCAUCGUCGCUAUUGCCGGAUACGGAGUGGGUUUCUUGCUCUUUGGAAGCACUGCAUUUAAGAAACCAUCCGAGGACCCAAAAACCGGUGAACUUCUACCGCCGUCGUCAGGCUGCGUUUGCUGA